AUGGAGAGUCCUGAUCGAUGCAGCUCCUUCACAAUUCACAGCGAAACAACUCAGUCUAAGAUGGAUUCAUCAACAACUCCGAAUGGAAAAGACAAUGGCAAUCAAAGAGAGCAGGAGAUAGAUGGAACACAACAAGAGUUUUCAUCUCCUGAUAGUAGAGGAAAAAUAAAAGAAGUCCCCGGCUCAAGCAGAGCUACGUCUCAACCAGAGAAGGCAACUAAGACGAUUAGCGUACGGUCAAGUGUUUGGGAACACUACACAAGGACGACAGAGAAUCGAGACAAAUGCGUCUGUCACUAUUGCAAGAAGACGUUCGCUUGUCCAACCAAAUCAGGGACGUCUAACCUGCAGAAACAUCUUACCACCUGCAAACAUUACAAAGCUUGGGAAGAGGGAAUGGUUCGUACUCAGCCUGCGAUCAAUGAAGAUGGUUAUCUGAAGGACGCCAAGGUUUCAGAAGCUGUGGUCUGGGAAGCUACAAACGAGAUGCUUGUCAUUGGUGAGCUGCCACUUUCCUUUGUUGAAAGCUUAGCAUGGAAGUGGUUCUGCAACAAAGUGAAUCUGCCCAAGCCACAGUCGAGGAGGACCGCAACAAGACACAUUGUUGAGAUGUAUGUGAAGAAGAAAGCUGCAUUGAAGGAAUGGUUCAAAGUUAACAAACAGAGAGUGUCUCUUACAACUGAUAUAUGGGUCGCUCAAGCUACAGUGUUUGAUCCUAGGAAGAAGAUGCAGUUUGCUAAGAUGUGUUUCGAGAAACUCUACGGAAAAGAUACCACGGAUGCUAAAGAAAUGUCUCAGUCUGUCAUGAUUGUCCUUUGUGAUCUGUUCAAAGAGUACAGUGCUCGGUUUGGUCCUGGUUUAGGCGUUGAAGCAUCUCAGCCGACACAAGCUGCAUCAUUUGGUAGCCAGGAGCAGACAACGGAUGAAAGGAUCGACUUGAUUGAUGAUUUUGGGUAUGAGAGGAUGGAUUGCAUGUAUGAGGAGUUGGUUGAGCUGAUAGAAGUUCGAGAAGCACAAGAUGAGUUGGAAACUUAUCUGAAAGAGAGUGUUGUCAAUCCGAGAACCAUGCUUGGAGUGGAGUUUGAUGUUCUGUCUUGGUGGAAGGUGCAUUACUCCAAGUUUCCUAUUCUUGCAGAGAUUGCUCGUGAUGUCCUUGCCAUGCAAGUCUCUUCUGUUGCUUCUGAAAGUGCCUUUAGCACUAGUGGCCGAAUCAUUAACUCUCAUAGGAGUUGCCUAACUCACUAUAUGAUUGAAGUUCUAAUGUGUUCUGAGCAAUGGAUGAAGGCAGACAUGCGUGGCACUGAAGGCAGAAUGGUGACAAUGGAACAAAUUCAAAGUGAAUUCGAGUAUGAAGACAAGCUCAAGAGAGAGUUUGAUUCUUAA